AUGAACAAGAAGUUACGUAGCAUCACUAAUAUUUUGAUUGUCAACUUGGCAGUGUCAGACUUUCUCGUUGCUGUAGUCUGCUGUCCCUUUGAAAUGGACUACUAUGUGGUGCGCGAACAGUCAUGGGCUUUUGGACAUGCCAUUUGCUCUUCUGUCAGCUAUCUGAGGAUGUUGUCGCUCUACGUGUCCACAAAUGCUCUUCUUGCAAUUGCAGUGGACAGGUAUGUUGUCAUUGUACACCCUUUGAAGCCACGCAUGCGGUUACAGACAGCAUGCAAAGUACUGCUUCUGGUCUGGCUUUCUUCUAUUUUGGUUGCAGCGCCCACUGCCUACUUUGCCACGGAAACCAUCUUCGAUGCACCAAAGGACUCCAGAGGCAAGGUUUUUUGUGGACAGAUCUGGCCAGCUGAAAGGGCGUUCUUUUAUAAAACCUACUCACUUUUUCUGUUGGCUGUGGAGUUUGUGGCUCCAGUCUUCAUUAUGAGUCUUUGCUACAUUCGGAUCUGCCAUGAGCUUUGGUUCAAGGACCUGCCUGGAGUGCAGACAGAUCAGCUUCGUGGUCGCUUGCAGGCAAGGAGAAAAACUGUUUUAAUAUUAGUCGCUGUGCUCUUGGUUUAUAUCUUGUGCUGGUCACCAUUUUACAGCUACUCCAUUGUCAGAGAUUUCUUCCCUGGUCUUCUUUUACGGGAAAGACAUGCCAUUGCUCUCUACUAUAUAGUGGAAUGCAUUGCUAUCAGCAAUAGCAUCUUUAACACAAUUUUCUUUGUAACUGGAAGAAAUACCAUUUGCUGCUUUAAAAAACUGAUGAGUCCCUGGGAGAAAACCACCAUCUCUUUGGAAAGAAAACCUACAUUAAAUGAACGCAAAACAUCGACCCAUCCAACAGCUGUUUGAAAACUUUCUGGAGUCUGAGGAAAACUGUGGUUUCAACUUCUUCACUUUAUUAUCCAUUAGGAAGGGCCAGCACGCUAAGGCUUCUUCAGUCAGAU